GAGGGCGCUUGUUUUUUUCGCGCCGAUUUCGACACGUGAAUGAUUUUGCCGGGAAAGUGGAACGACUUGUUUUGUGCUUGUGCAGGGUAUUUAAAUUGUUAGCUUGUUCCGUUGAAAACAGGCGGUUGAGUUUUCUAAUUUGAAGUCAAUGAUGUCUGGUUUUGACAACCAAGGAAUAUUUUAUUCCGACAAUUUUGGAUCGGAAGGAGUUCAAGAAGAUGGACAAGCUAAUCGAAUUGCAGUCCAGCGGCGAUUUAAGGAUUUUUUACGAAAAUUUCAUGAUGCAAACUUCACUUAUAAAUACAGAGAUGACCUGAAACGCCACUAUAAUCUUGGCCAGUUUUGGCUGGAUGUAAGUCUUGAUGAUUUGGCCAGCUUUGACGAAGAUCUCGCCGACAAGCUCAAGAAGAAUCCCACAGAAUUUUUGCCAUUUUUUGAAAAUGCAGCUAAGGAGAUGGCAGAUGAGGUUACCAGGCCACGCCCAGAGGGGGAGGAGGAAGUGGAGGACAUUCAGAUCAUGCUGAGCUCAGAGGCCAACCCUAUAUCCAUCCGAAACUUGAAGUCUGACCAGGUUUCCAGAUUGGUCAAGAUACCGGGCAUUGUUAUUGCAGCUUCGGCCAUCAGAGCAAAGGCAACCAAGAUUACCAUUCAGUGUCGUAGCUGUCGUAACUUCAUCCCCAACCUGUCAGUGAAACCGGGACUAGAGGGCUACACCAUGCCGCGCAAGUGCAACACAGACCAAGCUGGCCGGCCAUCGUGUCCCUUGGACCCGUACUUCAUUGUACCAGACAAGUGCAAGUGUGUGGACUUCCAGGUCUUGAAGUUACAGGAGUCUCCUGAGGCUGUACCCAAUGGCGAAUUGCCAAGGCACAUCCAGCUGUACUGUGACAGGUACUUAUGUGAGCGUGUCGUCCCUGGUAACCGUGUCACCAUCAUUGGUGUGUAUGCUAUCAAAAAGAUGGCACCAGUUUCAAAGAGAUCACGUUCAGAUAAAGUUGCAGUGGGCACGCGCAACCCCUACAUUCGCGUGGUGGGUUUCGAGGUGGACACAGAGGGUCCUGGUCGUAGCUCGGGUCUUCCCCUCUUAGCAGAGGAGGAGGAAGAGUUCCGUCAGCUGGCAGCCAAUCCCAACGUCUAUGAGCUCAUCGCUAAGAGUAUAGCGCCCUCUAUCUAUGGAAGCAUCGAUAUCAAGAAGGCCAUAGCUUGUCUCCUGAUUGGUGGCUCCCGUAAGCGUAUGCCUGAUGGCUUGACACGCCGUGGAGACAUUAAUCUUUUGUUGCUCGGUGACCCAGGCACAGCUAAGAGUCAGUUGUUGAAAUUUGUGGAGAAGGUUUCUCCAAUAGGGGUGUAUACAUCUGGAAAAGGAAGCAGUGCAGCUGGCCUUACAGCUUCAGUUAUCAGAGACCCAGCCUCUCGGAGCUUCGUCAUGGAGGGAGGGGCCAUGGUCUUGGCAGAUGGCGGUGUGGUCUGCAUCGAUGAGUUUGACAAGAUGCGAGAGGACGACCGUGUGGCCAUCCACGAAGCCAUGGAGCAGCAGACCAUCUCCAUUGCCAAGGCCGGCAUCACCACCACGCUGAACUCGCGGGCGUCUGUUCUGGCAGCAGCCAAUUCCGUGUUUGGACGCUGGGAUGACACCAAAGGCGAUGACAACAUUGACUUCAUGCCAACCAUUUUGUCCCGUUUUGAUAUGAUCUUCAUUGUGAAGGAUGAGCAUGAUGAAGAUAAAGAUAUGAGGCUCGCGAAGCAUGUAAUGAACGUCCACAUGACAGCCCAAGGCAUGGCCCAACAAGGCCCUACACAGGAGGGGGAACUUCCACUCAACUUUUUGAAGAAAUUUAUCUCCUACGUCAGAAAUAAGUGUGGGCCUCGUGUCUCAGAGGCAGCAGCUGAGAAACUAAAGAAUCGCUACGUUUUGAUGCGCAGCGGAGCACGAGAACACGAAAGGGAGACAGACAAGAAGACCAAUAUCCCAAUCACUGUCAGGCAACUUGAGGCUAUAAUCCGCAUCACCGAGUCACUGGCUAAGAUGCAGUUGAAGCCAUUUGCCUCCGAGGCCCAUGUCGAUGAAGCUUUGCGACUCUUUCAAGUAUCCACGCUGGAUGCAGCUAGGACGGGCAACCUAUCAGGUGUUGAAGGUUUCACAACCCAGGAAGAUCAAGAAGAAUUGAACCGCAUUGAGAAACAACUGAAACAUCGCUUUGCCAUCGGGUCACAGGUCUCGGAACACUGCAUCAUACAGGAUUUCCUGCGGCAGAAAUACCCUGAACGCUCCAUCUACAAGGUUUUGCAUCUGAUGAUGCGACGAGGAGAAAUUCAGUACCGGAUGCAACGCAAGAUGCUGUACCGCUUGAAGUAGAAAGGGUGCAAGGAAUUAAUAUGAGUGACAUGAAAGAUAAAAGUUCAUAAAACAAGAUUCAUUAACUUAAAUCACUCAUAGAGUGAUCACUAUUCAGUAAUGUAUACCUUCGUAGAAGAAUUGCUGCUCAAUUUAUCUUGCAGUUGAACGUUUGAACAAAAAGUACAUCCUAAAUAUACAUAUAAAGGAAGUACUUGCUGGCAAUGACCAACCUAUUGUUCAGUCUUACCUGUCUCACUGCACUUAAGGAAAAGGAGGGAUAUAUCUGAAGACUUGAGUGGUAAGAUCAUGUUGCAGAAACUAAAACUAACUCCUGAAACGUUCUUGAAAAUGGAGUUUUAUACUUACUUGCACAUUUAUUCCUGUGUAACAGAUCGCUAUUUCAAGCUGCAACCACUGAAUCAUUUAGAACAAGUGCAUAUGUUGUUCUGUGCCAGUGCUGCACGUGCUGUGUUCAUGCUAUGUAUUGUCAUUGUUUGUGCUCCACAGUUGAAGAAAUUUAUUCUCAUUGUGUACAGUGCAAUCAUUUCAUCACCGUUUUCACAGAGACAAAAGUCUUGCCAGAGAGUAAAACUGUAGGUUUUGAGAAAUUGCAAUUGAUGUUGGAAAUUUGAAAAAAAUCAUGACUUUGGGCCACUUGACUCCUCAUGAAAACGGCGAUGAUUUGAUCAUAUUGUGAUUACAUGUACUUUGUUCUCAAAACAGAAUACAUAUACCUUGUACAUUGCUUGAUUAUUAUGGUAUAAGUUAAUGACACAUGGUGAGAUUGGAGGAAAAUGAAAUAUCCAUGAAUAUUCAUGAAAGGUUUCAAGUGUCCCUCAGCAUCAUAAGGUCUGUGGUCUACGUUUGUGCUUGCCCAAAGGCACCCCUUUGGUUAACCCAUUUCUUGUGUUCUUUAUCAUAUUUUACAUGUAAAAACACCUCUUUGGUAAACUCAGGAUUUUCCAUGUUUGGAAAGGAAUUGAUAGAGAAAUCCUGAAAUCAGAAAAACCUUAUUUUAAAAAUUUAAAAUCAGGAGAAAUCUUUACUGUUUUUGUGUUCAUGAUAAAACAAAGCUAUUUUGUCCAAAUUUUGAUCAUCAAGAUUUGUACUGUGUAUGACAAGUGCUGUGAGAAAUAUUGUUUAUUGUGAUCAAUUUGUAAAAACUUCAAUUUUAAGUCAGUGUUAAACUGAAUCGUUGAAAAAAUACUUUAGAUACAACUAUUGUGUUUCCACUUCAUGUAGACAUGUGCUAUUACCAAUUUUGUUCAACGGUAAAUCCUGGAGUAGGGCCUAUGUGACAUUUAUGACUUAAUUCCAGGAAGAAUUUCUAAAGUUUUAAUCCUAGUCUCUGACCGUGUAACAAAAUCUCUGUAGAAUAAAGCAACUUCUUGCAUUAAAAUCCACACUUACACAAGGAAAGUCACAUUAUUCAAAGUGUCACGUAUUUGGCUUUAGAAAUGUUGAUCAUAUUAAAGGAAGUGUUUUUCAGCAUCA